CUGAGAGUUUCAGCGCAUCAACAAAAAAAGAAAACUUAAAGACUAUGUAUUUUAAAAGCUGAAACGCGGGCUCGCACCGAUUCGAUGAUUUCGGAAGCUCGCGCAGGAACUCUUUCUUCCUGACAGGAAUCUGAGCGCGCGGCUUUCUGCGGACGCAGCGAAAUGAAUCAAAUUCUAUUGUGAUGUAAAAAUGAAGUCGGAAGCGAGCAAGGGCUGACAAACGGAGUUUAAAAGUGAGACCACUGCCCGGAAAAGUGGUACACGAAAUCAGAUUUGACUGCUUAUUUGCAAAUGUACAUUUUUUGAAAGGCUGGAAAAGUUGUGGUGUCGUUCCUUCAAUCUGACUGGCAGGUAAGGGAUGCAAGGUAGGUGCUAGAAACAAGAAUCGGGAUUGUUAAAUUAUCCCCAAUGAAGUAAUUCGAGGAAAUGGCCCAUCAAGUUUUGACUGAGAAGAAACAUCCUUGGACGGAGUUUAUUGGUUGACUGAGUUACUAAGGGGCGACCUCGUCCAUUCUUUCCCCCAAACAUUCCAGCGAUGGAUAAUAGUUUUCCAGGCAGCAACAGUGCCGUGAUCCAAAAGGGAAAGUUGGUGUUCGUCAAGGCUCAGUUGCAGGGUGGAGCGCCCUGGGGUUUCACGCUCAAAGGUGGGCUUGAACACGACGAGCCGUUAAUCAUAUCGAAGGUAGAGGAGGGUGGGAAGGCGUCUCUGUUGCAGCACCCCCUGCAGGCCGGAGACAAGGUGGUCAUCAUUAAUGAGGUGGAGUUGAGCGGAUGGAGGCAGGAGGCCAUAUCUCUCGUUAAAGGAUCGUACAAAACGCUGCGGAUCACGGUGCGAAGAGAGUGUUGUCCAGGUCCUUGCUGUUCUGACCCGCGUCCUCUCAGUCCUUCCAGAGACGGCAGAUGCAGCGGAGGAGUGAAACUACGCAUCAGAAACAGACGGAGUGAGCCUGGAUCUCGACCUCAUUCCUGGCAUUCUACAAAGCUGGGUGAGGUCCCUCAGGACUCAGACAGCAUGAUGCAAGUCACCCAGGGUGGUGUGGGAGCCCCCUGGCACCAGAGCUACCACUCCAGUGCCUCAAGCACAGACCUAUCAGGAUUUGAGUCAGGAUUCCUUAGGAAGAGCCCAGAUCAGUACAGUUCCCGCGGCAGCAUGGAGAGCCUAGACCACACUCACCCAGCCUACAGCUCCUGCUAUCAACUAUCAUCAUCCAAAUCCUCCAGCAGCAUUGAUCAUCUGCACAGCAAGCGGGAUUCUGCAUACAGUUCCUUCUCGACCAGCUCCAGUAUCCCAGAGUACCUUGCGGCGGCACCAUCGUUUAACAAAGAGAGGUCAUAUUCCAUGGAGAACGUUCCGCAGAGAGAAGGGAUGCAGAAAGCUGAUAUACGCUACAUACGCACUGUGUAUGACCCCCAACAGGGUGUGUCUGAAGAGCAUGAGAUCAGCUCUGCAGCCAUUAUGAGAUCCAGUGACAGCAGAGCACAGUCUAGAAGUGGGAAUGUCUCAGGACAGAUCUGUCACCAUGGCAGCAGUAGUAGUGGAAGCAGUGGGAGUAGUGGAAGCACCUCCAGCUCACAACGCCACAGUGUUGGGCCAGUCUGGAAUCCAGCACACAACCGGCAUUCCUAUGAGAACCUAAAGGGGGUGCCAGCACCUCCAUUACGCAGUGACAGCUAUGCAGCAUUUCGCAAUCAUGAGCGUCCCAACUCUUGGUCGAGUCUUGAACAUGCUCGGUCACAGCGGGCACUUCACAAGGGUUCCUGGCAUCACUCAAGUGGUUCUGUGGCAACAGGAAAGUCCUCGUUUGGGGCUGAAGGUCAGUUGCACACAGUCAUAGAAAAGAGCCCCGAAAGUAGCCCCACUACCAAACCCAAACAGGGUUUUCCUCAGGCCGCACAACCCGGUCGCCUCAUGUUACCCACUGGCAUCUACCCUGUUCCACCUCCUGAGCCUCAUUUUGCACAAAUUCCAACCAGCAACCCUAGCUCUGGUAGUGUCUACCCAGCACUGGCCAAGGAGAGCAAGCACAACCAUCACUGUGACCACUUAGGUGGACCAGUGAAAGAGGACAGGGUGACCAUUGAAAAUGGAUACCAAAGCAAUGCUCCUAGCUCAGAUCCUGUCCAAACCCAUGUUUCGGCACAACCAAAGCUCUCCGAUAGAGUGCAAGAUGACACUCAAGUCAAACCUGGUUUUUAUCGGCCUCAUUUGCAACCACAAAUGCAGAAGUCACAAACACCAUAUGUACCUCAGGAGAGGAGGGACCCUUACACCCCGGUGCAACCAAGAGGAGAGAGACCAAGGUUCUCACUUGGUAUGGAGGAUUACGACAAGUACAGGCCACCUCAAGAUGAAGAACUAAAUAAAUGCAACAAGCAAAGCAUCCAUCCAGACCCAGGAUACACUGGGAAAAUUUCACAGGGACAAGUUGCUCAAACAUACAGAGGAAACUUCAUUCAAACUCAAGGAAAUGACCACAUAGUCAAACCUUCAAGGUACUUCAGUGACUCUAGUGCUCUCCAGCAGAAAGCGCAAGACCUGGAUCAUCCCCUAACCAGACUGGAGAAUGCACUUGCUGAGGUUCAACGAUGUGCCAGUCCCGAGAGUACAACUAGUUUCCAAAGUGAGCGUAGCAUGUCCGUGCUGGAGAAAGUAAGUCAUUUUGAGAGACAGAAAGGCAAACCUCGCAGUCAUAGCAGCCUCUCCCACCAUGGUUCUACGGCUCGUUCGAGCCAAAUGCCAAGACCUUCCAGUGCCAAGAGCUCCUUCUCUGGUGUAGAGGAUGUACGCAACAUGUUGGAGUGCAGCAACAGCUCGGUCCCUCAUGGGAGAACUCAAAGUGCUUCUAGCAUGGCAAGUUAUGAUGGACACAUGGAUAUGCAUCAGGAUUUCCUAACAAGACAUGCAAGUAGUGAUCAUGUCCAACAUCGCCAGCAACAAGAGCCUGUCGUUACCCACAAGACCUGUCUUCAAAGAAGUAAGAGCACCUUUCAGCUUGGUGAGGGGAAUGGAAAAGAAAUCCAUGGGAAAGGUGACAUUCAUGACAUAUUAGGCACCAUCCAAGACACAUCUUUUAACAGAGCAUAUAGAGACAGCAUUAAAGAUGCCCAGUCUAAAGUUCUGAGGUCAACUUCCUUCAGAAGACGUGACCUUAGUGUUAACCCUCCACCAGUGCCAGCUAAACACAUGUCUCUAGAACGAAAAGGAACCAGUACAAGUCCCACACCAGCUACAACAUCCCCACACACUCCAAAGGAACGCCAUGUUGUUCCUGUUGAAGCACCAAGCAGAGCCCCUCCUCCUGAACUCCCCAGUGUCCCAGCUGUUGGACCCCCAGUUAUGCGGAUCUGUGGACGCAAACGAUUCACAAUGGUGCAAAAGAAACGAUCGUAUUCUGAGCCUGAAAACAUGCAUGAAGUUGGAGUGUUGACUCAGGAAACCAAUCAGGCUGACAGGAAGGUUCAACAGCAGUUUCUGGCUAGUGAGAUGAGUGUUGCGGACAGACGCAGGAUGUUCGAGCAGGUGGCGAAUCAUAACACUGACCCUAGUUUUUUCUCCUACAGGCCUGAUUUGAAGCAAAUGCAACAAGAUGCACUUGUUGAGUAUAUGGAACGCAAAACAGGUAGAAGAGUAGACGGACAUUCAAAUCGCCCACAUAGCGCUUAUCUACAGUCUGCUUCUUCCUCUUCUGCUGACUUGCAAAGCCUAAUCUCCACCCCAAGUAUGUGCUCUUUGCAAGAGCCAGCAUACGAUGGCCUCACUGGUGGUAUACGUAAAGCCUCCACCCUUCCAGUAGGAAUGCAAAGCCCCUUUUACCCCCCUAGGGGCAGCCCAAACCACACACAGCCUGAGGUUUUUGGCCAGCAGUCACAAGGCACAAAUCCUGAAUCUCACAAAUCGGGCCCGGUCCUGACCAGACAUAACCUUCCACAGCACUUGAAAGCCGCUUUUGAGAGAGCCACCUCUGCCAGAAGCUCAGGGAGGUCAGCUUCAGCUGAGGAUUUGCUGGACCGUAGUGAAGAACGUCCCGUUCCUCAGCACUUCCGCUCCAAGUCAUCUCCAGUGGAGAACUUUAGUCAGGAAGAGGCCAGUGCUCCUCACUUCCUGUUUGGUGCCACAGAGCCUGGGCUUUAUUGCAGCAAUUGUGAGAAUCUGACUGACGCAACAGCCCAUCUAGAGGGUGAGCUCCUGACUCCAUCAGUGAGCCCUGACAACACCAGCGCUGCCUCUCAACCCCAGUCGCCCGUCAGCGCUCCUCCAGUGCAGGACGCCUCUGAGAUCCUGGGCGCCGACUACCAUCUGCUGUCCAGACGAGAGCGGACACAAGCCGAGCUGCUCGUGGAGACUUUAGCCCGAGAGCUGGUGAGCCACGACAAAUCCCUCACCUCACUCCUGGACACCUGGGCAGGUAAAACCACCCUGGAUCUGAUGGAGGACAUCUUCCCUUCACACAGGACGAUCAGUGGCGGCAGCCGUUUGAGUGACAGGGCUCAAGCUGGUCCAGAUACUCCCUCUCAGGCUGUUCCAAGAAAAAUGGAAACCAACUUGGACGACGAAGAAGCUUACUUGAAUCAGAACAAGGUGGAGCUGUUGCAAGCGCUGCAGGUGAGCAUGCGGUCGCUGCAGGGGGAGAGAGACGGGCUGUCGGAGCAGCAGAAGCGCUUCACGACUCUAGGCGAGAGCAUGGAGGCUUUAGUUCAGCAGCGCUGCAAACCCAACGAGAGAGAGAAGUACCGCAUGUUCGUCGGAGACCUGGAGAAGAUCGUCAACCUGCUGCUGUCGCUGAGCGCUCGACUCGCCCGCGUGGAAAACGCUCUCAACGGGCUGAGCGACGACCACACUGCAGAAGAGAGGGAAUCGCUGCAGCUGAAGAGGAAGCAGUUGUGCAGUCAACAGGAAGACGCUCGUGAGCUGAAGGAAAACCUGGACCGGCGUGAGCGAGUGGUUCUGGACAUUCUGGCGAGUUACCUGAGCGGCCCACAGCUGCGCGACUACCAGCGUUACAUCCGCAUCAAACCCGCCCUUCUGAUUCGCCAGCGCCACCUGGACGAGCUCAUACGGCAGGGGGAGGAGCAAGGGCAGAGGCUGGAGGAGACCCUCCCCGCCGCAGCCCGCCCAAAGAACACUGACUCCGCCCCCCAAACGCCACACUGUUUUAACUUGCCACGUCCCACCACUGUGACCUCACUCUGACUCCGCCCAUCAUAGAAUGACAUCGCUUACAGCUGAGGACGAAUCAGAAUCAGUGACACUGACUAUAAGCAAUGCACACUGAGAAGUGCCUUAAAUGAAGGAAAUGACUUUUUCCGACUUUUUAAAGUAUGGAAGACCAUAACUGUGGAUUAUCUACACUAAACAAAUGCACAGCGCAUUUACACUACAUACUUAGCAUAUAGCACAACACUGAAGCACAAGCACAAUGCUAAUUCAAUGGCACAAAAUGCCUCAUUGUGAUUGGCCGAAACACAAAUCAUUUCCAGCCCUGAGCACUUUGGAACACAUGAACCACUAUGACGUCACAAAGACAAGAAACUAUUGAACACACAAACACUCUCUGUCUAUCUGAAAUUCCUGUCGUUGAUAAAAGCGACAGCUGAUUAUUUAUGAUUUUACGUUGUUUAGAAACAAUUUUGUACAUUGCUGUACAUACUCAAUCCCCUCGUGAUUUUAAAAUGUAGAUGUUAAAAAGCAGAAUAGAAAUUGUAUUUUUGUAAGCAAAUGACGAGGGUUUUUUGGGCGGCUUUAACAGGUGCUAUUAUAUCUAAAUCAGAGACAAUAAUGAUGCUUCCUCGGCACUUGGCAGUACUUGGUUUCAGUAGCAAAAGAUUCUGUUAAAACUGAAUAUUAUUCACAACUCGGCUGAAUGCAGGGUUUUUUCUACAUUCUGGUUUGAUCACAAUGCACAUGCCCAAACUAUUUUGCCAUUUUAUUUUAAUUUGUGGUUGUUUUUUAUUUGAAGAACAUCUUUAUUUGCGAAAUAUCUAACCCUUGUACAUCUGUAUGAUAGCAGCUCAUAAUGGAAGCGUUUAUAUCGGACUGUUCUUGUAUGAGGCAGAACUGCUGUUGUCAUCUGAGACAUGCAAUAGUUUUUUUGAUGGGGCUAAUCUGAAGAAACGGUUCAGCCAUGCUUUACACUGUUUAAAAGCAAAAAGAGCACAAUUGGAAGCAAAAUAAAUCUAUUUUUUAA